GGGAUUUUCCAAUGAUAAUUGAACUUUAAAUUACCUUGGUAGGGGACCUUGUAACAUCUAAUAAAUAACAAUGAAAUAAAAUGUAAACAGAAUUAAUUCUAAUCUUAGUUUAAUUUCCGUGGUUUUCUCUCACACUUUUACUUAAUUUGAUAUGUGGCAGGUCAAUGAUUUAUUCCAUGAUUUUUAAUUAAAUUUUUUUCAUUUUCUUGAAGCUAUGAAAGUGAUAGUUUGUGCCAAUUUACGAGUAAUCUAGUCAAACAACUUUGAAGUGAGUUUAAAUCAAAUUCUUCAUUUAAGGGCGAAAUGACGGUGAAAGCCACCAGAUUUAGCUCAAGUCUCGGGAUCAAGUAUCCCACAUUGCGGGACAACCUCCUGAAAAUCGGCCCGCGGUGGCUGAAGGGCAAAAGGGCCGAUGAUGGGGCCGAGGGCCUGUGGCGAGUCCACGACAAUCUCUACGAUUUGAGCGAUUUUGUUCGCCAACAUCCAGGGGGCGCAGAAUGGCUCCAAUUGACUCAAGGAACUGACGUUACUGAAGCUUUUGAAACGCAUCAUUUGACCUCAACUGCUGAAAAACUCAUCGAGAAAUAUUUCAUUCGCAAGGCUAAGACUCGGCGAAAUUCGCCGUUUACGUUUAAAGAGGGUGAUUUUUACAAAACACUGAAAAAAAAUAUUGUUGAAAAAUUAAAAGAGGUUCCGAAUGAACCGGCUGAAAGGUCGAAGAGAAUCACAGAUUUUUUGCUUUUUGCCUAUGUGAGUUUGGCUCUUUUGGCGGCUAUUUUCAGGAGUUUUACUUUUGGGAUGUUUUCUGGGAUUUUUUUAAGCCUGACUGCAAUCGCAGCUCAUAAUUUUUUUCAUCAAAAGGAUAAUUUAAGGAUGUAUUAUUUUAAUUUCACUCUCUUGGAAUACUCAGAGUGGCGCAUAAGUCAUGCAUUAAGCCAUCAUUUGCACACCAACACCAUCAACGAUCUAGAAAUAUCAUCCCUGGAACCAUUUCUUCAGUAUCUUCCCGGAAAAAAACACAUCCUGGUCCAAAUCGCUCAAAUUUUUAUUUCACCAAUUAUUUGGUGUUUUAUUUUCGUGGGAUCCUUCAUUCGAAGUUUAAUUGCAAUGGUACUGGGGGAAAAACCCUACGAGCCCAUCAUUUUCCUCCCAUUUAGUGUCAUGGUCGCAAUGGUGGUGUUUUCGGGAGAGUUAAUUUCCCCUUUUCUGAUGUUUUGGUGGAUUCAAAUCACCGGGAGUCUCCAUUUUGGGGCCGUGGGAGUGAAUGCGGCCCACCAUCACCCAGACAUUUUCCACGAUGGGGACAUCCCAAGACCAGAAAAAGAUUGGGGGAUAUACCAAAUGGACGCAGUGAUGGACCGCAAGGAUAUAACAGGGUCCCAUUUUUUAGUUUUGACCAAUUUUGGGGACCAUGCUUUACACCAUUUGUUCCCAACCAUCGACCAUGGUCUGUUGGAUUAUUUAUAUCCGACUUUUUUGAAAACUUGUGCUGAUUUUGGCCUUGAAUGGAAGCUUUCGUCCCAGAUUGAGUUGGUCAAGGGACAGAUGAGACAACUCGUGAAGACUAAGCCCAAUGGGGAGCCCCCAAGGGCCCUCAAACCGAUCAAAUUUUUGUAAAUUGGGUGAAAUUCAAACGAGUUUUUUUCUUUCAAUAGAGUUUAUUUUACAAUAAAUUAAUAACAAUGACAGUGAAAUAAUUACAGAGUGUUUUGUAUGGAAAAAAAAGAUUUGGUAACGAGAUAUAACUUGUUUAUUGGUGCCUUAAGCCAUACAUGUCACACAUACAAUACAAUUUUAGAACCUAAUAUAAAAUAUAUGAUGGCAAUGAGAACUCGGAGACUGUAAGGGCUGUUUGGAUGGAA